AUGAAAUCACAUCAAUGUAUAGUGAGUUUCAAAGGUGUUAGUGGAACAAGGUGUGGCUCAUUUAAGGAAGUAGCAGGAUACGGCAAGUUCAAGUGUAACUUGUGUUCUUAUUCUACAAAUGUUAAAACCAAUUGGAAAAAUCAUCAGUUAACACACACUGGACUUCGUCCUUUCACUUGCGAAACUUGUGCUAUAAGGUUUGAUAAUAGUUUGGCUAGACGAGGCUCGGUGGACAUUGUAACCAGGCGUGAAAUCUUUCAACCUAAGUUCAAGUGUCACUUGUGCUCAUAUUCCACAAACAUAAAAACUAAUUUGAAGAAUCAUGAAUUAACGCACAGCGGACUUCGUCCUUUCACUUGUACAACUUGUGCUUUGAAGUUUGGUGAUUAUAGUAUGGUGAAACAUGGCUCAUUUAAAGUUGUAACAAGUUACGAUCUUGAUGCCAAGUUCAAGUGUAAUUUGUGUCAGUAUUGCACAAAUAUUAAAACUAAUUUGAAGAACCAUCAAUUAACACACAGUGGACUUCGUCCUUUUGCUUGUACAACUUGUGUUACAAGAUGGGUUGAAAGUAAUUUACGAAGAUCUAGAAGAUUCCAUAUGCCAGAAACUGAAGAUCAGCUUCAUAAAAGACACAGAUGCAAAUUUUGCCCAUAUUCCACUGACGUUUCUACUCAUUUGACUGAUCAUGAAUUGAUACAUAUUGGUGUACGCCCUUACAGUUGUUCCAUAUGUGGAAGAGGAUUUACUCAAAAAAGCAAUAUGAAGCAGCAUACAUUGAUACAUUUUAGAGAUAACCAGAAACAAACUUCUUAA